CCACCGAGGCCGUAUAUGAGGUAUUUAAGAAGUCGACAACCUGCGCUCGAGAUAAAAUCUCUCUUCUAUGCGGUUUAUCAGAAGCUCAUAAAUAUAACAUCUCUAAUCUGUUGUAAAAAUGCCAACAUCUCGCGAGGCCGUCGCUAACCGCUAUGGUAAAAUCGCUGAUUACGAGAACACUCGAUUAGCAACCCAUCCAAUGGAGCGCGAGCUCACGUUGCGCGCUAUUCGUCACGCUCUCAAUACCUCCGAGACUGCUGAUACUGAGCGCAAACGUAUCGCAGACGUAGGAGGUGGACCGGGAAAGAUAGCCUUUGCCCUUGCUGACCAGGGCCAUCAUGUCGAUCUCAUCGAUUUGAGUCCCGACCUGAUCCAUCUUGCAGAACUAGAGCAGGAUCAGCGCAGCGCAAGCGUUGAGAACCCAGCGCUUCUUGCGAGCAUCAGUGUAGGCGACGCUUUGGAGACGAUUCCAUUGACUAACGACUCAUAUGACGCCGUUCUUCUGCUGGGGCCUCUGUAUCACCUUUUGGAGGAGAGCGAGCGAAAGCAAGCGGUCGAGAACGCUCUCAGGCUCGCAAAGCCUCAGGGGGGACUCGUCUUUUGCGCGUUCGUUAGUAAGGAAGCUCACCUUAGGGACUUGGCAAUGCGUGACCCUGCGAGGCUUGUCAAACAGAAGGACUUUUAUGCUGCCUAUCUUGCGAACGGCCGUUAUGAAAGAUUGAACGAAAACCUUAAGGUAGAAGUACAAUCCUUCCAUACGGACAGUGGCAGCAUACGCCAAUUCUUCCGACAUCACUUCCCUGAUAUAGCAGAGCUUAUCGGUCUGCGCUCUACAGAGGGGAUUCUUGGUGGUGGGCUUGAUGCCAAGCUUAUCGAUGCUGAUGGUGAAGUCAUAGAGGCGUGGGCAGAUUUGCUGUUUAAAGAUUACUCUGAGAAAGAAGAAUACUUGGGAUGUGCAGAUCAUUUACUUGCUGUCCUGCGCAGGAAAUAGAGAAAUGAUACACGUAGACAUUGUAACACAAUAUUUGACCAAUUGACACUCAUUUGAGAAGGUUAUACCAUAG